GUGAUGACAUUAGAAUCUCUCUCACUUGAUAAUGUUAUUUACUUACAGAUACUGCAGCCAGCAGAAAUACAGUGAAGUUUUAGAUCUCUUGUAUAAUGGAGCAUCUCUUCUUUUAAUGCAUGAUCAACAAACAAGUGGUGCAGACCUAGCUCUUUUAAUGCUGGAUGUAUUUGAGAAGUCCAAAACUGAGCCAACAGAAGACCAAAUAUCUCAAAUAGCCAAUUUAUUCAGUCUGUUGAACCAUGGCACACCUGAACGUCAUCAGUACCUCGUUCGAGCAGUAAAAUGGUCAUGUGGAGAGAGACACAAGCUAGGCCACCCAAGACUACAUCAACUUCUUGCACAGACACUAUGGAAGGAGAAAAACUAUGGGUCAGCACGAUACCACUACCUAAGGUCUGAGGAUGGAGGAGGGUGUGCAGACAUGCUGGUUGAACUACAUUUAUUAAGAGGCUAUCCCUCAGAAGUGGAUCUUUUUCUUACUCAAGCCGUCCUUCAGUACUUAUGUCUACAGAAAAAGGUGGCAGCAUCAGAGGUAUUUGAGACUUAUACCAAGAAACAUCCAAAUAUCACUAAGCAGCGUGGACCACCUUUCCUCCUGCCUCUUCUGAACUUUCUUUGGCUACUUCUUUCAACUAUUGAAAGUGGAAAGGUGGCCUACUUUACAGUUCUGUGUGAACAGUAUCAGCCUAGUUUAAAGAGAGAUCCAACUUACCGAGAGUACUUGGAUCGCAUUGGACAGCUUUUCUUCAAUUUACCAGCACCUAGACCCCAGCAUGGGCCAGGAAAUAUAUUUGGGAAUUUGCUUCAGGGGCUGCUUGGAGGAGGUCUUGGAGAUGAUGAUUCUGAAGAUGAAGUAACAAUGGGUGGCCCAUCUUCCUCACAACCCAUGGCAGCAGAGGAGCUGGACUAAUGUUGUGUUAUUGUAGGGCUCUUAGGUGCUUAACUUAAUUCUCUUGUGGAGAGGCAGAUACACAAACUUUCACCUGUGUGUUAAGCAGAUGUGAAAAUAUGUAUUUGAAAGUAUGUGUGUUUGUGUGUGUGCUUUUUGUCAGAAAGGGUGUGAGAGUCAGAAUGUGUUUGUAUAUUCAUACAUAUACAUUAUAUAUGCACCUUAAAUUUUUGUAUCAUAGCUAUAAAUACAUCUAUACUGAUCUUGGAACUGAUCCUUUCUACCGAAGGGUUUGUUUUGUAAGCAAUAGAGUGAGGUCCUUUAAUUUCAGUUAGUUAAUAGAGGAAAUUGAUUUGUUCAAAGUUUUCAAUAUUUAUGGAGCAGUUCUUUGUUUAAUCUUUUUACAGUCAUGCAUUUGAAUAAUGUUUUUACAUAGAUAUUCUUUGUGUGCAUAUAUGUUUUUUGCAGAAUUAGAAUGAGAUUCUUAUCUUAGAAAACUUAAGUCUGUAAAUAGUGAAAGGUUACUUAGACACCUUAGAUUUUGCUACCGAGAUCACUGUUGUAUAGAUUACAAAAACUAAUAAAAUUAAAUGUGUGUAUCAAAUGUUGAUGCAGUUUUGUAAUACGUACUAUUAAAAGAUAAAUUAGAAAAUUAGAUACAGACUGUUUAAUGCACUGUCCAUAUGUUUCUCAAUACUAGUAAUAAUCUGCCUCAGAUAGCUAUUAGAUGAAUUUUUGUCCUGUAGAUUACUUUUAGGGCAAAAUUAAAAGUAAAUUUAAAAGUAACCAGUUAGAGAUUGAAACACUUGCAAGACAUUUUUAAUUUCUGUACUAAGAAAGUGCUCUUCUAUGCCAUAUAUGCAAUAUAUGUUUUGUCUUUCUCUUAAAUUAAGAUAUGUAUGAGGAAAAUUGACAAACUUUCAAUAAUAGAAUAAGUGCAUUGUUAUGUUCAAGUGUGGAUGAAAAUAAAAAUUCAAGUGUAGACUAUGGAAAGUGCAUUAAAAUUUUAAUUGAUGAGUCAGUCAUUGAACACACCUAACUAGUUAUCCCUAAUUCUACUUUUGAAAUGUUGAUGGAUUUGCUAAGAAAAGUAAUUCAGUAGUUUUUCACAGCCAACAUUAAUUUACUUGUACUUUUUUUGUUUUGUUUUAUGUAAAUGAAUGUAAAUUAACAAAGAAUCCGUCUCUCUUAAUAUGUUCUACCGGUGGCUUCUUUUUUGAGGGGAGGUACUGUUAGAUUAUUUGUUUUAUUGGCUUUGUGCCAGAUGUUAAUAUGAUGUUUAAUACUUGAAAAUAUUUAUAAAAGUUUGUGAUAACUGGCAUCAGAUUUUUUAAGUGUUUCAUGAUAAUAAUAAUGGUAAUAAAACACACAUAAUGAAGGUAGAUGCAUUAUGUGGAUGAUGGUGUAUCAUCACUGUGUAAGCAAGCUCAUAUGUAUUCAGUAAUAUUCACUGCAUUAGUUUGACUCAAAGAUUGCAGCAUUACAUUAGAACUAAUUUGCAAAAAUAGCUUUUUUUUUUAUCUUAUUAAAAACAGAUGAACUAGUGCAGUAUUGAGAGUGGUUAAAAUGAACCGAGGCCAAAAAUUACACAAAUAAGAGUGAAUAUUGUUAUUACCAAGCUAUGAUACCAGUGUGUGUAUUUGGCACUUGUUUGCAAAAUACAUCUGGUUGUAUGAUGCAGUUCUUUGCAUAAAAGAAUGCCUCUCAGAUCUUUGUGAUACAUUGUUCAGUGGUAAUUGUGUUGCUACAAGACUAGCAAUGCUUCAGACAUUACUGAUGAACUUUGGUGGAUGUUGGAUUAGUUUUUGCAUGAGUAUAAGUGGUUCCUUCUGAUUUAAAGUUUCAUGUUUUGUCAGUGUGAAUAGUCUGUUUUGUGUUUUUAACUUUACAUACAUUGCUUCUUCCAUUUUUGAUGAGCUUCUCUAAACAUUUGUCUUUUCUUGCCCUCUUUGUUAUAGUUUCUUAAAUUGUUAAUGGAAUAUUUUUAUAUUGACCAUUAGCCUAUAUCAUUUGAUGCAUUUGUCUCUUAAUAGUAUAUUGUCUCUUUUUCUCUUGUCCUAAUUUUAUUGUCAUUCCUACUAUUAACUAUCAGAAAUUGUGUGAAUAAAAUCUGAAUUUAAAAAAUUAA